CCCUACCUUCUGUCUUUCCAGGGUCAAGUCUCGGUCUAACAACCAUUGACACUCCACGAGGCUGCUAACGGUAAACUCCUGAUGUAAUAUCUUAUCUUCCAAUCUUGCGAUGACUGUUCUCAGAUCGGCGCAAUGGUCGCAUGCUUGUUUGUGCGAGAACUGGUCCUCUAUCCGGAACUUAAGCUCCUCUAGCUCUUGCCUUAAUCCGUCUUCCCGCUCGAGGAGCUUCUCCAUUAAGCAGCAGAUUGUCUGAAUUUCGCUUGCGACGGAUGGAUCCGAAACGUGAGGCAUUGUGUUGGAGAGAGACUAUUAGUACAUCUGGCCUGUUGGUAAAUGUCCGUCAGAUUUUGGACCGAGAGAUCAGUGACCUGGAAGCAGAACAAAGCGCUGGAUAAACGAGCUACUCUAGAUAUAACUGCUAUCGAGGAACAGCUGAAGCUUAUUUGCGGGACCAAAACGGUAUCUAUUCGGAACGAGACGUCUUUAUUAUCCGCGUAGACCAAACCAGUAUACGCGGAACUAAAACGCGUCGCACUAUUGAACCUCAGACACCAAAUUGUGACAUCCAAGCUAGUCCGAGGCCCAUUUGCGUGCUAGGCGCUUUCUUGGAGAGCUGAGAAAACGACUGAUUUAUCCCUUUACUAUGUAAUUUUCAACCCGCUCAAGGUGAAAGUCA